CUAUUCUCUCUACCCCCUUCCAUUUCUCCCUCUUUUGAUCUUACAGCUUCUUUAUCCUCUCAUUCCCUUGCUGCUUGUGUCAAGUUAUUGUUCCCACGUUCCUUACCGGUGGCUGACGACGAUGUGGUUCUCACCGUCACCAGUCUCGGCCGGAGCGUUGGCCUCCCUCCUGCUGUCUCAGGCAACGGCGUUACAAGUAAACGGCGGCUCUGACAGGUUGAACUCAUACCUGGCGGCACACCCAGUUCCAACAAAGCCUGCCGCCGCUGCCGUCCCGGCAUCCGCCAACCCCAACACACUUGCUCCAGAGCUGGUGAACUUGGCGCUCAGUCACUGCCCAGCAGGAUGCGAUGAGUCCGGCUUGCGUCCGGGAAACUGGACCCUGUACCCCCGACUGGGUCGGUUGUUGAUGUGCAACCAGACGAUGCUGCUCGACUUCUCCCUAUACACGUCUCUGCGCAAGGAUGAGACUAUUCGAGCUUGCACUGCCAGUUCUGCAAUCACGUUGGGCGCAAGCAACAUCGGAAACACCACUCAUGAGGAGGCAUCUUGCCUGCCCGGCGGCAGCUUGACCCAGGUCCAAGAGUCACUGCAAUUGGCUUUCAACAAGACCGACACCCCAGCCACGCUAGAGGACUUCGACGCCGCCGCACAACAACUCAUCGCCAUGCUGUCCCAACGAGAAGACUCGAACUGCAACGACACAACCUCCUUCGCCUAUUCCAACUCCGUGGCUGUCGGUCUUUUCGCCGGAUCAGGAGUCCGUGGCAUCCCGGCAACUGUGCUCCAGCAGCUCACCUCGAAGAUAAAGAGCACCGGUUUCUCGGGAAGCUUUGUUGCGCAGCUGUGUUCCAAGGGCGGCCGGAGCUCGAAAUACAGCUUCGGCAUUGUCGCGAGCGGAGAUCGCGAUGUAAGCCUUGUCCAAGAUGCUGUCGCCACAUGGGCGUCGGGCAAAUGCAUCACUUCCUUUGACGACGCAGAAGAUUGGCUUGACAUCACACUGUCCGUACCGAGUCUUGUCAGCAGCAGCACCGCUGGACUCGGAAACAGCACUGCCGGCUUCGGAAACAGCACUGCCCGUGCCACCCGGUCAAGAGAUGGCAGUUCGGCUAUGUUGAAUCGACGAGCUGAGUGUUCGACGAUCCAGGUUUCCUCUGGCGAUACUUGCGAAUCUUUGGCAGCCGAGUGCGGCAUCUCUCCUUACGACUUCACCGUCUAUAACCCCAGCAGCACACUCUGCUCGACUCUGGUAGCAGGCCAGCACGUCUGCUGCUCCGCCGGCACGAUGCCCGAUUUCCGCCCGCAGCCCAACCCUGACGGAACCUGCGCCGCGCACUACGUCGUACCAGGCGAGAGCUGCUCGGUUCUUGGCGCAGCGAACAGCCUCACGAAUGCUGAGAUCGAGAGCUUCAACACUAAUACUUGGGGCUGGCAGGGCUGCGGAAAUGUACAGGCGUACCAGUUCAUCUGCCUGAGCACGGGCGCGCCGCCCAUGCCCGCGCCGAUUGCGAAUGCUGUCUGCGGACCACAAAAGCCGGGAACGGUACAGCCAGGGCCGGGUAUCAGUCUUGCGAGCUUGAAUCCUUGUCCGCUCAACGCGUGCUGUAACAAACACGGCCAAUGCGGCAUCAACAAUGACUUUUGCACCGAAUCCGAGUCGGAAACAGGCGCACCCGGAACUUCAGCUCCGGGCGAGAAUGGCUGCAUUUCGAACUGUGGAACGGACAUCGUCAUCGGUUCUGCCCCAGCCCAGUACAUGAACAUUGGCUACUUUGAAGGCUACAACCUAAACCGUCCCUGCCUAAACAUGAAGAUCACUGCCAUGGACUUGACGCCCUACACGCACAUCCAUCUAGCAUUUGGCCACGUCUCCUCGACCUACGCCGUCGAUGUUAGCCCAAUCCAAGAGCAGUGGGAGCUGUUCACGCAGUUGUCUGGCUUCAAAAAGAUCCUGUCUCUCGGCGGUUGGAGCUUCUCCGCCGAACCGCCCACGUAUCACAUUUUCCGCGACGCGGUCAAGCCGGCGAAUCAGGACACGUUUGUCGCGAACAUCGUCUCGUUUGUGACAGAGCAUGAGCUGGAUGGCAUUGAUAUUGACUGGGAAUACCCUGCUGCACCAGACAUACCUGGCAUUCCACCAGGAACCGCCGAGGAUGCGGACAAUUACCUCACUUUCUUCACAAAGCUGAGGGCAGCCAUGCCUUCUAGCAAGUCGGUCUCUUUCUGUGCGCCCGCUUCAUUCUGGUACCUGAAAGGGUACCACAUCGACGAGAUGGCAGCCCUGGCUGAUUACAUCGUCUACAUGACUUAUGAUCUCCAUGGCCAGUGGGACUACGCGAACCAGCACGCAAUCGACGGCUGCCCAGCCGGCAACUGUCUGCGUUCGCAGACCAACAUCACCGAGACCCUUCUCGCUCUGGCUAUGAUCACCAAAGCCGGGGUACCAUCAAGCAAGCUUGCUGUUGGUGUCACGAGCUACGGCCGCUCGUUCCAGAUGACAACCCCCGGGUGUACCGGGCCCAUGUGCACCUACACUGGCGGAGAGUCCGGAGCCUAUCCGGGGCCGUGCACAGGAACCGCAGGUUAUAUCGCGAAUGCUGAGAUCAACGCCAUCCUGGAUGGGACAGGAUUUUGGAAAACACCAUCCGGAGCAUUGGAGCCGAUUACAUCCUACUCGUCUUAUUUCGACACCGACAGCCACUCCAAUGUCGCCGUAUAUGAGUCGACACAGUGGGUCGGCUACAUGGACAACACUGUGAAGGCAGAUCGGACAGCCCUCUACAAAAUCCUCAACAUGGGUGGAGUUGUUGACUGGGCGAUUGAUCUGGAUGGCUUCGGUGGCGAUUCCAUUGGAGACUCUGACCCCGAUGCCGAUAUCGUGUAUCCCCCCCCGAGCAUCUGGGACUCCGACGAUCGGUGGACGGGCUGUAGUCCUCCCUGCGUAAUUGUCUUCCCGCCAUAUCCACUGAGUGCUCCUCACACUGUGACCAGCUGGCCGGCUUUGACAACAACGCUCCUGUCGUCGGCAGAAGGCGGCAGUGGCGUCUUCAUCAAGACGACGACAAUCCCCGUUCCGAGCUUUGUCAUCUCAGACGUCAGUCUUCACCCCGUGACACUGCAGUCUACCGACACGGCAACCUACAAAAUCAACCCUGUCCAAAGCAUCACCCCGACGUCUUUUGUGUGGACUCUUCCUCCGAACCACGCGACUUUCCCCGUAGCUUCUCCAACACCAACGACGUCCACAGACACCGAUAUACCACUAGUCAUCAUCCCCCCCGUCACUUUCCACCCGACUCCUGUCCCCGUCACCAUCCAACCCCAGCCAACAUAUAAGAUCGACUACCCUGAUCCCCCAAUCCCAGUGAGACCUGUCACGAUCAAGCCCAAUCCCACCCCUACUCCUCCCGGCUGCACUUCCGGCUGCGGAAAGCGAGACUGUGGCAUAUUUGGUUGCGGCAACGACGGUUGCGGCCUGUUCGGUUGCGGCGGUGGGUGCGGCAUCUUCGGCUGCGGUGGUGGUUGUGGCCCCUUCGGCUGCGGUGGCGGAUGUAGCCCCCUCGGAUGCACACCCAGCUGCCCUCUUGGACUAUGCGGUGGCCCUGGGUGCCUCAUUCCAGGUGGCUGCGGAAAUACACAAGGUACCAAUGGCGGCGACAGCAACAAUGACUGUGAAGCCACCGUCACUGCUUCGGCGUGCACGCAUCUGGUGACGAGCUACAGCGCUUGGUACAUGGCUUCGUCCACGACGACGACCGAGACCACAUGCGUGACGAGCACAGGUUGCAACGGACAGGAUACUGUGGUUAAAACGACGCCUGGCAGCCCGGAGUGCUCGCUGGAUUCCGAUAUCGCGGCAGCCUACUCUGCUGAACAGGCAGCUGACCAGACAAUUAUUGGCGGGAAGCAGGUCCCGUUAGCAUUCGCACCGACAAAUGGGCCGGGCUACGAUGGAUCGAAGUUUACCGCUAAGCAAUUCGGUUUGACGGAGACUAUCACGGUUAUCAAAACAUCGACUGUGACAAACACAGCGACUAAGACAACGACGGUGGUGGUGCCACCAACCGCAACGGCUGAUUGUGGUUACUGGGUCUCCGAUUUCUUUUACAUAUUCAAUGUGUACAACAUUGAUGGCUGGAGCACAGAUGGCGGCUCGAGGCUGAAGUCCGAAGAAAAGGGCUGCGGCGCGCUCACGGGCUGGCAAUGGCAUGAGCGCACCUCUACACGGCGCGCAAGGGCCUACUUCCAGCUUCCUUUCUUUAUGAAGUCUGGCUGUGUCGAGCGUGCCAUCGUGUCCGCUGGCGGCCCCAAGUUGUCCUGUACCUUCGAAGGCUACGAUUUCAUCCUCAAGAAACGAUCCGAGGAGAUGAGUAAAGCAUCACUGCCGAUGCGCAGACGCCAACUCAUCAGCGAUACGGCCAGUCUCCCGAGCCGCACGGAAACCGGCACGCGCACAGAGAACAGCACGCGCACAGAGACUGCUGGCCUAUACACGCCCGAGCCGUGGGGCCCAGGCUUAACAGAGACGUUCAUGACUACCAUGGACGAGAUCUCGAAGUCAACGUAUACCACGGAGAUCGUGUUGGCUUCAUAUGAAGUGACGAUGACGGGCACCACGUCUGGCACCGUGUCUGACACCACGACGUCAACCACCAGCUCCACCGUCCCAACUAGCACAUCGAAUCUCUCGACUGAUGGUCUCUGUGGUGCUGCUAAUGGCGGAACAAUCUGCCUCGGCACGGCCUUCGGCGACUGCUGCUCUGAGUACGGAUACUGUGGUGAUACGAGCGGGCACUGUGGUUCGGGAUGCCAAAGCGACUUCGGCAUCUGUGAUGCUAUUACCGGCCCACCUGUAUCGACGGACGGCACGUGCAGCUCCCUCAGCACCCCCGGAGGCGCGACAUGCGCUGGUUCGGCGUUCGGCGACUGCUGCUCUGCGAGCGGCUACUGCGGAGCCACGGCUGCGUAUUGCGGGACAGGGUGUCAGGCGGAUUUCGGGAUGUGUUCCUCGAGCGGCCCGCCAGUGUCAACGGAUGGGCUCUGUGGUCAACCCAGCGGCACGACGUGCGAGGGCUCGGCAUUUGGCGACUGUUGCUCUGAGUAUGGGUUUUGCGGGGCCACGAAUGCGUAUUGUGGGACGGGAUGCCAGGCAGCAUUUGGGACCUGUGCCUAAGAAGCGUGUGAGUCGUGCUGGUGAGAUGGAUUUAUAUGCUACUCCCUGGGGCCCAGCUCAAAAUCAAACUCCUUCAAAAGCGGCGACACUUUCCAUCUCGCAAAGAGCUGCCCAUUCUCCACCAAGAUCCGCCGUAGGACUUGCCCCCUUGCCUCCACACCAGACCACACACCCUGCCAUACCUUCACAUACGGCUCUACGACCAGUAAAACCUCUGUCAGCCAUUUUCCUGCUCUAUCCUCACCAAGCCUUCCCGUCUCCACCAUCCUCCUUUCCAUUUCCUUCAGUAAAAGUUCCCUCUCCACCUCGUCCAUAACCGCUGCCCGCAUCACCCCCAAAACCGCAUGUGACCGUACCGCAAAAUCCAACCCCUCCGCCUCCAAUCCAGCCGUCUCCUCCACAGCAACAGCAGCCAAAAACUCUACCUCCUCCUCACUCCCUACCUCCCCAUCCCACCCCCUCCACCACGCCUGCAUCCCCACCCCUCCAUCCGGCUCUCCACACCACUCCACACCGCUCACCCAUGCCCCAUCCAAAUCCAAAUCCGGCUUUGCAACCUCCCCCAGAACUGCACUCGUCUCCCACAGCCGCGCCGAGUACCGUGCCUCCCACGCUAAGACAUCAACCCCGCCCUGUGCGAUCAGCACGCCGAAAUUGUUCGGCCUCCACGCCUCCUUGGCGGUGCCCGAACCAGAUGAUUCGGGUGAACCGAGCUUCAUGUGCUCGAGCCAAAAGCGCGCCUGCGUUUCCGAAUAGGGCUUCACACUGGGGUGGGUCGCACGCAGGCGCGAAGUUGUUGCUUCGAGUGUGCCGAGGGCCAAGCGAGUAAUCGUUUCUAGGGGGAGGGAAGGCUGUCUGCGGCUUGUACGUACGACGUUGUGGGCCCAGCGGGGGAGUUUCGUGGCGUGUGUGCCGGCAGCGGAAGGGAGAUCCUGGCGCGGUUGCGCGAGCGGGGAGGAAGAGUCGGGCAGGUCUUGGAGGUUGGGCAAGCGGUAGAAACGUGCUGUUGUAGGGUGCGUGAGGAACGCGGGGGAGUAGUAGGCGCGCCAUGCUUCCGGGUUCAGGAGGGCGGCGUGCGCGGCGUAGAAGCUGGGGAAGUCGGAGGGAGAAGGGAAGUCGCCAGUGAGUUGGUCGGAGGAGCGGUAGAUGGCUGCGGCGAGCUGUGCAAGGUAGAACACAUCCAAGGUGCUUCAUGACUUUUUGUCAGUUCGUUUAUUUCUGCUUCUUUCUUGUUUGUAAACUUUACCGAUUGAACCUUAACUCCCCCUUGCCAAAAGACCAUCCGCGUGCGUGCAGCUUCUCCACGACAUCGAACACACCAUUGCCGUCCCACAGCCCCUCGUCCAAGUACAUAAACGCUAUUUGCAACACCUGAUCGUGGCAGUCAACAGCCACCGCGCCGCUCUCGGCGUCCGCGAGGAAUUCUUCGGCGCUCAUUGCUAAAACCCUAAGAACCUUUGAUUAAUUAAACAAUGCUUUCUUGUUGUCAUUGGGGAAUUGAGCGAAGUUCAAAAUGUGCUGAGUGGGAUGGUCAAAGCGCUAACGCUAUGCUUAUCGUAACGGAGUCCAAUCUACGAUAAAGAGAUGAGAGAUAACGUGCG